AUGUUUUCUCUUAUUUUUCUCUAUUCAGUGAUUGCAGCAAAUAAUUUGAAAUGGACAACAUCUGGAACAUUUAAACCUUUUAUUGAAAUAGUAUUGUUUGGUCCAUUAUUAAGUGAUAAAAAGCAUAAAUUUGCAACAAAAUCAAAAAAUAAUGUUUGGUCUCCCGUAUUCAAUGAAACAUUUACAUUUUUUCUCAGUGCUGGUUCCGACCCGGAAUCUUAUGAAUUGCAUAUAUGCGCAAAAGAUUAUUGUUUCGGUCGAACAGAUCGAUUGAUUGGUUUGACUGUAUUACAACUACGUGAUUUAGCAACAACAAGUGAUUUAAAUGUUUCACCUACACUUAAUCCAAGAGGUGGUGGAACUGCUGGUGGUCAAAGUGGUGCAUGUGCAUGUAUUUGUAGCCUGGGAAAAAGAUUACAUCUUGAUGAUACCGGAUGGACAAUACUUCGUAUAUUAUCACAACGUCCUCAAGAUGAGAUAGCUCGUGAAUUUGUCCGUCUCAAAUCAGAAGUUCGUAGUCCUUGUGAUUCAAUAGGAAAUACUGCUAAUUCUGUUACUAGUAGUUCAUUGAAUGGAUCUGUUCCACGUAGCCGAUAACAUAUGCCUUAUAUAUAUUUCUUCUGCAAACAAUUCACAGGGACCAUACAACUUAUUCACAAGCUAAUUAAAAAAAACGAUACAUUUUUCAAUAGUCUUCCUCAUUUUGUUGACAGAAUUUAUCUGUGUCAAUCUAAUAGAGGUGAAAAUAUUCGUAAACAGAAAAUUUAUAUUUACCAAUAUCAGCC